CAAAGCUACACAGUGGGCUAGUGUGGUUUUGUCCAUCGCAUUGAAUCGAUCUUCGAAUUCUAGCGUUGUAAGUCUUCUUACACUUACUGCUGACCCGACAGAAUACUUUCCGGUUUGGUCCAUUUAGGGAUGACAUGUACAUUGUGGAAACGAACCGCUCUUUAUAAGAGUCCACGAAGACUUACUACAUCUGCUAAAGUAAUGGAUCUGGACAAUAUUCUACAAGAAAUUGGGGAAUUCGGUACCUAUCAAAAGCUCGUGCUUGUUUUUCUAAUAGCACCUGCUUGUCUCUUCCAUGGCUCUCAGAGUGUUACUCAAGUUAUUGUCUCUGUGACUCCAGACUACUGGUGCCGCCUAUCGGAAUCAAAAGGUGAUAAUCUAUCAUCACUUAUUCACUCGACCCGACUUAACCGAUCUAUUUCUGCUUCUUGCUUCACUCUACAAGAUAACAGAAGCAUUUCAGAAAAUUAUACCGAUUUUGUUACAAAUGAGACCUUCAGUGUUCAUCCAAUCAAGUGUGAAAAUGGCUGGGACUAUGACACUACUCAAUAUUCGUCAACAAUAGUAACAGAGUGGGAUCUGGUUUGUGAUGACGACAUACUCCCGACUGUAGGAUUUUCCAUCUUCUUCUUAGGAACCUUCAUUGGAGCAUUUUUAUUUGUGAAUGUGAUCGAUAGAUAUGGAAGGAGAACCACUUGUCUUUUGACUCUUUUUGUCAGACUAAUUGCUGCAAUUACAACAUCAAUGGCUCCAAAUUUUCCAGUUUGGGUAAUAGGUCGUUUUACUAUUGGUCUCUGUGGAACGGUUGCAUACCCUUCACUCUUUGUUCUAGCACAAGAAAUUAUCGGACAGCGUUACUUGGCAACAGCCUCCCUUCUACUCAUUACGUGCUAUACCUCUGGCCACGUUGUAAUCGGUUUGUUGUCUUACGCCAUUAGAGACUGGAGAAUGCUGACUAUAUGCAUGAAUGUUCCUUUUAUUGUGACUUUGAUGCUUCAGUUCUGGUUACUUCCGGAGUCUCCAAGAUACCUUCUAAGCAUUGGAAACAAGACAAAGCUAGUAAGAGUUCUAGGUACAAUUAAAAAAUUCAAUAGAAAAAAUAAAGUCAUCAACCUUGAAAAAUGUAUUGAGUAUAUAUAUAGCACUGUAAACGAAACUGUUUGCAAAGGACUUUCUCUGUAUGUUCCUAGAAUGUGGUUUGAUGCACGCUUUACGUUCGUGAUGUCUGGUAUUGUGGAAUUUCCUGGCCAUUUCCUCAUGUGCUACCUUAUUGAUCGGUGGGGUCGUAAAUGGCCCCAAUUUUUAUCAACCAUAUUCACAGGGAUUGCAUGUUGCUGCAUAGUCAUCUUGUCUGAUGGUCCUGGUAUUUAUGCUCUCGUAUUGUAUCUUUUUGGAAAAUUGUGUGUUAUAUUUGCUAUUCAAGCCAUGUUUCUCUAUGGAGCUGAACUGUUUCCAACUACAGUGCGUGGAAGAGGCCUAGUUUAUCUCAAUUUCUGGGUCAGUUUUCUGUCCAUCUUUGUACCUUAUGUGGACUACCUUGGACAAUGGGCUUUUAAACUGCCACUUUUUAUACUUGGGAUGCUGUCGAUUCUGGGAAGUUUGUCUGUAUUGUUUCUCCCAGAAACUCUUGGUUUACGAAUUCCUCAGACUGUCGAAGAAGGAGAACGUUUUGGAAAAAAUUUAACUUGGAAAGAACUUCUGCUAUGUCCCACCAGCAAUAAUAAAGUAUGCUUAGUAACCAACGAAGAAGAAGAAACUGUAUUGUUAAUUGCUGAGGAUAAUAGCGUGUUAACAGAUGACGCAGAAAAUUUCGAAAAUAUGAGGGAAGAUAUAGAAUUAACAUAAUAAAAUACGUGAGUUUAUUCUUGGAUGUUUCUUUGGCGGCAAUGUUUGGGAAAUGUGACGUAAAGUUUAAGGUUUUACCACGUUAAAAAUUCUAUACAAUUGUAAUCUUC